AUGAAUCCGGAUUCAUUCCACCACGGCAUCACCAAGCGCAUCCGACAGGCCUGUGCCAGUUGCCGGAAAACCAAAUGCUCCGGGGAAAAACCAGUAUGCUUCCACUGUCGCCGCAACCGCAAGCGCUGCGUUUACGAGCCCUAUUCGGCAACCGUCACGACCACCGACUAUAACCCCCCUCCGCCGCCCAUGUCCACCAUAUCUGAUGAUGUUGGUCUUCUCCAACUCCCGUAUCAGUCAGAUGCUCACGGUCCGUGCCAGGGCGGUCUCCUGCAGAGAAUCUCGAUGAUCGAGUCUCGUCUGGCGGAGCUGAGUGGCCAACCGGUGCAGCAGCAAUGGCCCGCAUCCUCCCAGACAGACUUCGACGACGCCCAUAUACUUCCCUCCAUGGGGCGGGGCAGUUCGCUGCAAGCUACCCCUCCCCAGUCCACGACGUUCUGCAAGGAUCCUUUCUCGUUUCCUCCUCCCCCCGUCAUGCGAUCGGUCAUCGAUACCUACUUCAUCCACGUGCACAAUCAGCCGUACUCGUAUUUCCAAGAGUCGUCCUUCCGCGAGAAAAUGAAGAACCACGAGUUGCCCCGAUGUCUAGUCCUUGCCGUACUCGCCUCCGCCGUCCGAUUCUCGUCCCACAAUUUCUACGCGGGCAAGAUCCACGAGGCCGUCGACACGUAUGCGCGAGAGUCGUGGCUCUUAGUGCUGACGGACCAUUUGACGGUGGAGAACAACCUGGAUAUCGCGGUGGUACAGACGGUGAACAUGCUGGCUGUUAUUGACUACACCGCCGGCCGCGCUCGCUCCGGUUGGCUCAAGAUAGGAAUUGCCGCUCGCAUCUCCCAGGACCUGCGCCUCAUGACCGAACCCGAUCAUCCAUCGAUAUCCGUCACCGAACAGGAGGAGCGACGACGGACGUUCUGGUCCGCAUACUUGGUGGAUAAACUCAUUUCCGGGUGGCAAUCCCGACCGCUGGCGAUCCACGACGAAGACUGCCAUGUCCAGCUGCCCUGCGACGAGCAAACCUUCCAAGCGGGAAUGGGGAAAAAGACCCAGACUCUGUCCCAAUUGUCGUGCUGGGACUCGAACUUGGCCGAUAGCCCCAGUCCCUUUGCCCUAGUCAUCCUCAUGGCAUCCAUCUUUGGGCGGUGCACGCGAUAUGUCCAUCGCCAAUGGAGCGCCGAUAAGGUUCCUCCCUGGGAUACCAAGUCUGAGUUCUCCGCCAUCAACUCGUCGCUGUUGCUGCUGGAAUCCUACUCGAAGUUGGGAACGACUUCCAUCGCCGAAGCCGCCGGCCAGGAUGACGAUCCAGCCAAUCCGCAGAAGAUGGGCCACUUCAUCUUCGCGCACACCAUGUUCCACCUCUGCCACUGUUUACUCAACCACCCAUUCAUCGUCCACCUGCGACUCAAGCCGUUCGGGUCCAAGAUCCCUCAUAGCUUUCCGGCGCGCGCCCUACACGCAGGGUAUGACCAUUCUAGGCAGCUGCUGGACCUGCUACACAAUGCAAUCGGGUCGGGUUGUCUCAUUGAAUCGUCGUUCUACCCUUAUUGCAUCGUUGUCGCGGCGGGAAUUCAAUCUCUCGCCUGCCAUGUGGAGCCCCCAGGGCCAACAGACCCUUCCGCGGCCACUGCCCUGCAAUAUGUGCAUCGAGCGCUGGAGCUUCUGGAAGGAAUGGGUCGCCUCUGGGCGCAUGCCGCAAACAUGGCCACCCGCCUCCGCGAAUUCCACUCCCAAUCGCACCUCCUUUCCUCCCUCCUCGACCCAACCCGCAUCACGGCAGACCUUGACCGUGCCUCGGCUGACUCUUUCCGCACACUGAUCGACUAUGGCGCCGUUGGCGCAGCCCUUAACCCUGGUACACGCGUUUCAGGAGCGGACGUUUCUCCCUCCGCCGCAUCAUGGAGCCCCAAUAUCCUAGCCCCGGCGGACGCCUUCGAUAGCUCUACCCAGGGUUUCCCUGGUAUCUCGCCAUCCAUGCAGCUGCCUGCGAUGGACAAUAUCUUCAGCUGGGACACGCACGGCUAG